UUUCUAUUUUCUUUCCUUUUUCUCUGAUGAACUGACUUGUUAUGUUGGUUGGUAGACUUAUACUUUAUGCAUGCAAUGCAGAGAACUACAUUGUUAUCAUUGUUCAUAGGCUUCUUUUCCAUGUACCAUAUUCGUUAGACGCAGAACUAAUCUGGAAUGUUGGUUGGUUAUAAUAUGUCAUAUGGGGGAUGCAAAGAACCACAUGUUUUACCUGCAUUUUACAUUGUUGUCAUGGUUCAUGCUCUGGAGUGAUUAGAAAAAAAAUAAUCUAAAAAGUUGGCAAAAAUCUCGCUACAGUUCAAUAACUGUUUUGAUACAUUGCUACAAUUGGAUUAUCCAUAUAACAUGCUUUUGUGCAUAUGCGUCGUGGGUGCCUGCUUGUAUAUGUUUCUGGUUGAGUGCUAUAAUAUGCCUGCUUGCAUACCUUUCUGUUUCCGGUGCAUUGCAUUCUUUAUUUUUACCAAUGAGAUUAAUCGCCCUCAAUCCUUUUUAAAAAAAAAUUAAAAACAUGUUCCGUUUGGAACUCUUUAUUUAAAAAAAUGCUUAGUUCUGUUACCAAACACCUAUAUAGGAAUUAAUCUCACUCUAGAUAGCAGUAAUUAUAUAUUAGAUAUUUUGAUCUCCAAUGCAUAAAAUCAAUCAUUACAUUGAACAAUUAGAUCAACUCACUUUUUUGGGUGACUACCAAACAGGGCCUUGAGUAUAAAAUAAACAUGCAAGUCUAAUUGUUAUGAAUCACUCCUCUGACAUGGUGGUGUAUUGGUUUCUCUGUUGCAGGUGAUGUAACAUCGAUGGACGCCUACUUGAUAAAGUUCUUCCCAGUCGUCUAUCGAAAGACCAAAGAUCCUGGUUUGGACAGCCAUUACUGCAAAUACGACAACCACGGCCUUCAGCUAUUGAUCACAUCAUCGUUGUAUCUGGCUGGCUUGAUUUCGUCCUUCUUCGCAUCCUACACCACAAGAAACCUCGGUCGGAGGCUGACCAUGCUCAUUGCAGGGAUUUUCUUCAUCAUUGGCGCGGUGCUAAAUGCAGCUGCCCAGAACCUUGCCAUGCUCAUUAUAGGAAGGAUCUUCCUGGGGUGUGGAGUCGGCUUCGCUAAUCAGUGUCAUUACUAAGAUCAAGAUUCACGGAUUUUUGGUGCAACAUAAUAUCUAUAAGUCUGAUAAUUCAUUGUUGAAUACAUGCCGAUAUGUCAUUGGCAGUUUCAAGUUAAUUUUUAAAAAUCUUUUUCUUUUCUUUUGUUUUUGUUGAUUGGCAGGUAAGCAAGGUUCAAAUCUGAGACCUCAAUGUUGAAAUGCACCCUGUCUACCAUUGAUCUA